UAUACAAUAAUGAUGUAUUUGGCGAAUCAAAUACAUGGUCUAUUAACGAACCAUUUUGAUUAGUUGAUAAUAUUAAUUGAGAAUUUUAUGAAAGAUUCUUGUAAAAGGUUUUCUUAAGGCCGAAUUUAUGUCGAGUAGACCUUGUUGCUUUGUUGUAAAAAAUUUAAAAUUGAAUUUGUAGGGAGGGACUUAUGUCACCACAAACAGAGACUAAAGCAAGUGUUGGAUUUAAAGCUGGUGUUAAAGAUUACCGAUUGACUUAUUAUACUCCUGAGUAUGAAACCCUAGAUACUAAUAUCUUGGCAGCAUUCCGAGUAACUCCUCAACCUGGAGUUCCACCUGAAGAAGCGGGGGCUGCAGUAGCUGCCGAAUCUUUUACUGGUACAUGGAAAAGUGUAUGGACCGACGGACUUACCAGUCUUGAUCGUUACAAAGGACGAUGCUACAACAUCGAGCCCGUUGCUGGAGAAGAAAAUCAAUAUAUUUGUUAUGUAGCGUAUCCUUUAGACCUUUUUGAAGAAGGUUCUGUUACUAACAUGUUUACUUCCAUUGUGGGUAACGUAUUUGGGUUCAAAGCUUUGCGUGCUCUACGUUUGGAAGAUUUGCGAAUCCCUGUUGCUUAUGUCAAAACAUUCCAAGGCCCGCCUCACGGUAUCCAGGUUGAAAGAGAUAAAUUGAACAAGUAUGGUCGUCCCCUAUUGGGAUGCACUAUUAAACCCAAAUUGGGGUUAUCCGCUAAAAACUAUGGUCGAGCAUGUUAUGAAUGUCUUCGUGGUGGACUUGAUUUUACCAAAGAUGAUGAAAACGUGAAUUCCCAGCCGUUCAUGCGUUGGAGAGACCGUUUCCUAUUUUGUGCCGAAGCUAUUUAUAAAUCACAAGCCGAAACAGGUGAAAUCAAAGGGCAUUAUUUGAAUGCUACCGCAGGUACUUGCGAAGAAAUGAUAAAAAGAGCUGUAUUUGCUAGAGAGUUGGGAGUUCCAAUCGUAAUGCAUGACUACUUAACAGGUGGAUUCACUGCAAAUACUAGCUUGUCUCAGUAUUGCCGAGACAAUGGUCUACUUCUUCACAUCCACCGUGCAAUGCACGCAGUUAUUGAUAGACAGAAGAAUCAUGGUAUGCACUUCCGUGUACUAGCUAAAGCGUUACGUCUGUCUGGUGGAGACCAUAUUCAUUCUGGUACCGUAGUAGGUAAGCUUGAAGGGGAAAGAGAUAUUACUUUAGGCUUUGUUGAUUUACUACGUGAUGAUUAUACUGAAAAAGACAGAAGUCGCGGUAUCUUUUUCACUCAAUCUUGGGUUUCCACACCUGGUGUUCUUCCUGUUGCUUCAGAAGGUAUUCAUGUUUGGCAUAUGCCUGCUCUAACCGAAAUCUUCGGGGAUGAUUCUGUACUACAGUUUGGUGGAGGAACUUUAGGACACCCUUGGGGGAAUGCACCGGGUGCUGUAGCGAAUCGAGUAGCUCUAGAAGCAUGUGUACAAGCUCGUAAUGAGGGACGUGACCUUGCUCGCGAGGGUAAUACAGUUAUUCGUGAAGCUUCUAAAUGGAGUCCUGAACUAGCUGCUGCUUGUGAAGUAUGGAAGGAAAUCAAAUUUGAAUUCCCGACAAUGGAUACAAUUUAGUCUAAGUCAUUAAUG